GAUACAGCCAUAAGGAAAGGAAGGAAGGAACAUGGCGUCUAUUCCGGGUGUUGGUCGGACUCUGACUAGAGGGACUCUAAGUGCAACGGUGUGGACGAGUUUCUCUUUCCGGUUAAGAAAAGCUCUCCGGCUUCUUGAAAAAUAUGUCUGACGUGGAAACCGAUGAUGUCCGUUCCGCCGUUACGGCGGGUGGAUCCAUGGACGUAAAUACAGCCCUCCAGGAGGUUCUGAAAAAUGCUCUCAUUCAUGAUGGCGUUGUGCAUGGUCUUCAUGAAGCUGCCAAAGCUCUUGACAAGAGGCAAGCAAUGCUAUGCAUUUUGGCAGAAAAUUGUGAUGAGCCCAUGUACAAAAAGUUGGUUCAGGCUUUAUGCAAUGAGCAUCAAAUCUCAUUGAUUAAGGUGGACAACAACAAAAAGCUAGGAGAGUGGGCUGGUCUAUGCAAGAUUGACAAUGCUGGUAAAGCACGCAAAGUCGUUGGUUGCUCCUGUGUUGUUAUUAAGGACUUUGGAGAAGAGACACCUGCAAAGGACGUUCUUAUGGAGUAUCUUAAACAAAACUCUGUACACUAGCCUUCUUUUAUUAAAAAUAACUAAAACUGUAA